AGCUUCAACAUGGCAUACAAAUUCCUGGCACUUACCGCAACCCUUUUGGUCCUGUCUCCUGCCUGGGCAGGAAUCAUCGCACAGCCGGCAAUCAGUUAUUUGGGAGAUGAGCACGCUGUGGCGCACACCCAACAGAAUGUUGUCAGGAGCUUCGAUGGCACCGUAUCGCACUAUGCCAAGUCCGUGGCCACGCCCUACUCCCAAGUGCACAAACAGGAUACGCGAAUUAGCAACAAUGUUUAUCAGCCCGCCAUUGCCAAGACUGUCACCUAUGCGGCUCCAGUUCCAGCUCCGGUCUACACCCCCCACCAGCCCGCUGUCUAUACCUCCCACCAGCCCGCUGUCUACACUCAUGCAGCUCCAGUGGCCACCCCAGUUUAUCAACAGCAGCAACACAUUCCCACUUCCCCUGUCACCUAUGCCAGCCAUCAACCUCAGGCCGUGAUUCACUACUCACCAGCGGAAACCGUUUCCCACAUGAGCUUCGAUGGAUUCGGCACCCAUUGGGGCUUCUAAGUUGGUUGAUAUUUUCCCUUGUUAAACUUAGGUCUUAGAGUUUGAGAAAUAAAUAAAUCGUUGAACA